GAUAUUUUAAUUUCAAAAAUCGCGGUAAAGGAUUACACUCAAACUGGUGAUCGAUCGCAGCAAGUGCCAUCGCUAAAUUCCAACAAUUUUCAGUGUUUACGUUUCGGAAAGUGCCACAAAAAUAAAACUUAAAAAAAGCCUACUUAAAUUGAAGUGGAAAUCUUAAUUCAAGUACCAACUGUAAUUGCAACUUAGUGAGCACCUGACGAUCACUCCAGUUAAGGUGAAGCAAGAGAAAUUUGUGCAAUUGGAGCAGCUGCGAAGCGCACACGCAAAAGAAACCAAGAGAUUGAGAACUACAUAGUUGACACCCAUUCCGCCGCGGCCAUGCAAAUCGAUGCGAUCGAGCUGCUGAUCACCUAGCUCUGCGAGUCAGACCCAGCAGCCGCAGCCGCAGCCUCGAAAUGCUGCUCAGCGAGACCCACUUUUGGACGACGCUGCGCGACGAGGUGCGCAUUAAGAGCAACGAUCUAGGCGCCUUCCGAUACCUGCGCCAGCGGGAAAAGGAGCAGGAACAGCAGGAUCUCACCACGUUGGCUAAGCGUGACUAUACGGAACGCCGCAAUGGACUGGCAGUGCUGAAGAACAGCAGUCGCAAGGCGGCUGGUCGCCUGAAGGAUAACCUAAAGAAGCUGGAGGAUCUACUGCGACAGCAUCGUAUCAUCCACUCCGAGUGGCAGGAUGCGGCGCAAGUGCUGCUACUCUUCGCCAACGGACUGAUUGCGCACAUAUGCGUGGACAUCUACACGGGUGAUAUAUUGCGCAUGGUCUUUGAGAAGUAUCUUGUGGGCAAGCUGGCCGCCGAGGUCAUCACAGAUGCCUUUUUCACCCGUUCCCACAUCGUCUUGGCCUACAAUACCAACCAGCUGACGGUGGUGCAUCUGCAGCGACCGAAUGCACGGUCACAGGGGCCGGAGAAGAUAGCCAAUAUGGAUCCGCGCAUCUUCCACGUGAUCAUACCGGGCGCCACGGAGCGCAAGUUGGCCCGCCACCUGGCCGUAAACGGUAGCUUUGAUCUCUUUGUGGUGUGGACGCAGUCAUCGCAGAACGAGGUCUACCCCUGGAGACCAACCAUCCGGGAUCAGGAUCGAGCCAAUAUACAUGUAUUCAAGAUCAAGGGCUUGCAGCUGGAAUCCAUCGCUUAUUGCUGGUCGGAGAACGAUCCCUUGUGCGUUGAUUUUCUGCGAAGCAGUGAAAGCCAAAUCAUCACGUUGGAGCAGAAGGUUUCCCGCAAGGGAGACAUCAGUGCUGAGAUCUGUUCGUAUGAGCUGGCCGCCGGUAAAAUGCAGCGCACCGCCAUUACCUCGAUACCGAUGGGCGCCCAAAUCUGCUCGUUUGCCUUCAGUCCCGACCAGGAGAAGCUCUUUCUGGGCAGCAUCGAUCGCAACAUCUGCCUGCAUGACCUCGUCCAGCAGUCAACAAAGUACGCCAACCAGAUCGAAAUUGUGCCCAAUCAAUGUGCCUGGCACUGUGACUCUGCCAUGUUGUUCGUGGCCAACGAGCGAUCGGUGCUGCAGUGCUUUGACCUGGCUCUGGCCACCAUUGGCCAUCAGUUGGUUAGCGAGAGUGUGACUCCAUCGAGCCUGUUGGACCUCUCGCAUUACUUUGUGGCCCAGCCUACUCUUCUGAGUGUCGCCUUCAGUCGGAAACCGGAUUUGAGCACAUUCAAGCACACCUACGCCCAAACAGAUUGCCUGCUCUUGCUAAUCUAUGAGCAGGGACCGCUGGCCUGCAUGCGGAUCUUUGGCGGCGCCGGCAUGCGCGGUGAUAUUCACAACUCUGGCCUAACUGCCGACGUCAUAGCGGACAAGUAUCUACGGCUGCAGCAGCCGGAGAGGGCGGUGAAUGUGCUGGCGGCACUAAACUGGGAGACCUACGGUGCCAUGUGCCUGAUAACGCUGCAUAAGAUAGCCAACUAUGUGUUCUUCGGCGGGGAUCAGCGUCGGCCGCGAAUCGAGCUGAUGGCCAGAGCCCUAAAGACAUUCGCCCGCACGCUUUCGGAGGAGACCAAGGAUGAGUUCAGCGACCAGGUGUACGAUUUGAAGCGACGCUUUUGUUUCUACCUGCUGCGCAAAAACCUAUUUGCCGAGGCCUUGGAAAUCGCUCAGGAUGUGGCUGACUAUGACAUAUUCAUGGAUCUGUACAAUCUUACCAAAUGUAUUUCUAGUUUGGGUGAAUUUGCACAGGUGGCGUUCAGUCAGGCAGCUGCCAUAAUCCAUGAGGAAGACCGUGCCAAUGGCAACCUCAGCCUGACCUGCGACUUGCGCUCGGAAUCGGCCUGUUCGCUGUCCACCUGCUCGGAUGUGCUGCGUGGAUCGGGUCAUAGUCAGCCGCAGGCCCUUAAAAACUAUGUGCCACCACUGCCCUCGUUUAAGUCGAAGGUGUUCAAUGCCGAGAUGAUUAAGAUUAACAUACCCAAGCCGGAGCUCAGGCCGCCAUUGCCCAAAAUUUCGAUAGUAACUCCAGCGACGGCCUCCUUAGCAGGACUCGGCCUGAAGAACAGCACUUUGCAGCCAGCGCCAGUGAAAAACUCCAGUUCAAAUGGCAACGUUUGGUCGCAGGAUGUACCGGACCAGACAGUGGGUCUGCCCAUGCCCAGCAGUCCGCCACCCCGGCCUCAGCCUUCCUCGAUCAUUCCGGACCAAAGCACGACACUUGGCCCGUUCAACAGCAUGCCAACAUUGCCACCUCCUGUAGUUUCAGUGGUCCCAGUGUCUUCGGCAGCCUACCAGCCCAAGUUCUACCAGCAUCCGCUGGUUUCUGGAAACAUUCCUGCCAUGUUACCCACGAUGAGCAGUGAGGAUUAUCAAAAGCGUUUGCUGCUCAAGAAGCCCACGGCAUCCAUACUGUCCAAUCCGGCUAACCCAGCUCCCAGCAAUGGAGAGGCGGGUGGAGCUACACCCAGUGCCAAGUCACAGACAGCCGAGAAGAACAAAGUCAAGUUCUCGGACACCAUACAGGUGGCUGUUGUGCCGGAGAUUCCACGUAAGGAGAAGCCCAUGCCACCGAAAAGAAAUGGUUACUCCAGACCCGCAGCGCGGCAUCUGACCAAUCCGAAGAAAGAACUGGCCGACAGCUUGCCACUUUGUCAUCCCAACGAUGAAUAUCUGAAGGAUUUCAAUCCCAUCACUACAAAUAUGACAAAGCCCCCGGCGCGACGUCGUGAAGAGGAACCGAAGCCGGGGAGCAGCAGCAAGAACGCCAAUAGCUCCUCCUCCUCGUCAUCCAUCAAGGUGGUGCAUUUCGGUGUGGUCUAAGCGGAUAAUUCUUAGCAUUAAAUGUUUGCCAAAAACGGAUCCUACUUCUUCUUGGAGGUGGUGGGGCC